AUGAGUGGCCGUGAAAACCCAGUGACGCGGCCGUCCGUGUUUCGCACCCAGGAUGCACACAACAGUGACUACGCCGGCGCCGCCCCGUUCACCUCUCCCUACGCGGAGUCGUUCUCUCUGUCUCCGUACGCUGCGACGGCCCCUGGCGUCGAACGGGUGGCCUCGCCCACCACGACUGCCACGCGGGUUUUACCCACCUCAGCAGGCGGCGGUGGUGUGUUAGGCCGUCCUGCGUUUGUGGACGCCUACGCGUCUUCCAAGAACUGGCCUCGCUCACUCACGGGUGCCAACACGGCGAACGUUGUGAGCGAAGUUCGCGGAAGUGCGAACCCACAUUCACCUGUCUUCGGUGCGUCGGGGCUGCAGCGUCAGCCGGCGGUGCGCACCUUCUCGCAGCUGAGUGCCGCUCCGAUCCACUCGCCCACGUCUGUGUUUUACUCCGCUGAUGCUCCCGUCUCUGGCUGGGCGGAGUACAGCCGACCCCCACCGACGAGUCCCGCGGAUCCGUUCCCCAACGCGCCGUUCGGCGGGGAAGCGGUGCUGCAGCGUCCGCUCGGUCCGGACACGAUCCGUGAGGCCGUCUACGCGUAUCUCGAGGCGACGGACAAGCAUGAUGUGGUGAUGGCCAUGAUGGCGGAUGAGCGGCGGCACACGCAGCGCAACGUGACGGCCGCCACCGCGUCAAUCGCUCCGUUGUCGGUGAGCCUUUCCUACCCGACCGAGUUGUCGGUAUCCGGCGGCGACGACUUCCUUGGCACGCGUCGCUUUGACCUCCGCGUGGGACACGAUGGUGGCGCAGCAGCGAUGAACUCGGUGCCAAACUCUAGUUCACAAGGCAACAGCGGCAUCAACUCCUUCUCGGGCAUUUCGAAUAGUCCGAGCCACCCACUCGGCCUUCCACCACGCGAAGCAGCGUCGCCCAACUUCACUACCGGCGGCAGCGUAACACCCGGUGGGUUGGAGGCUAAGCGGAGCCGGCAGCGCCGUUCGCAUGAUCUUCUCCGCCGAGGCCUUUUGGACCGACACCGCAGCGACGGGCGGACAGACAUGACGGCGACCGGCAGGCCCUCGCCGCACAGUUCCCCCCGGCGUGGCCGCACCUUUAACACCACAUCGCGGCCGUCGUCGCCCUCCAUGCAGCACAACACGGGUUGUGGCGAAGCUGUGGCUGCUGGUGCUGGAGCGCCUCGCCCGGGUAAGGAACCACCGACCCAGCGCCAGCACCUCCCCAAACUCCUCCCCACGCUUUGCGGAUUGGAGGAGGCGGUUCGGCCGGACCUCGUCCUUCUCUUUACCAAUUCGGAGAAGAAGAUUUUGAAGCAGUAUCGGCAGCUGAGCAUUCCGCCCCCAUCGCACGAGGUGCUGCAGUACAUUCUCACCCAGGCUUACGAGCCGAUGUGGUCUGUUGGCGAGGACGCCAAUGUCUACCAUCUUUUCCAACCCGCAAACCCUGUCACUGGCAUGGUGCUUUACGGCACGGUGAAUCAAAUGGUGGAGCAGCUGACCCAGGUGCACGUCAUGCCUCUCUCCACGCCGCCGGACGUCAUUCUGAGGAGCGAGCGGUCCUUUAGCCAAGCCUUUCUGCGUCGCCAUCGGCUCCUGAUGCCCUCGCAUGUGCUGCUGGAAAAGCUCAUGGAACGCUACUUGGUGCCGCUGUCUCUUCAACUCGGGUUUGAGCGUUUUAAGGUGCACGGGAUUACGGUGCACAUCCCCGGUCUCGGUGCGUCGCUGCCGGUGCGGCGCUCGCAGAGUGAGACGGUGUUGCACGGACGGCGACACCCUGGCGCGACGAACUUGGUGUCCGCUACCACCGCCGUCGCUGGUAGCCCAUCCGGUUAUGUGGGGAGUGGUGAUGGGGGAGGUGGGGAGUCGGGUGCGUGGGGCUCGCGUUCCGCACGUCCGGUUCAGCCCGGGCCUGCCGGAGAGGCGGGCGGGUUGAGCGUCGGUACGACGGCGAUGGUGGAGGAGUAUGUGCGCGCUGCCGCCGCCGCCACCGCGCCCGACGCAGCGUUGACAGCGAUAGUGCGCUCCGGGUUGCUGCCCAGUGUCACCAGCGAUUCCAUCGCGGCGCUGACCAACGCAGCGAUCGGCACGGCUCCGGCGGCUGCGGCGACGCUCGCGGGGUGGGCGAGCAACCCGGCCUCCCCCACGCUGCCGCAUCGAAAUGCGCUGGAAGGCUCUCCGGGCGCUCCCGGUCUCAGUGACCUUCUUCCGGGAGGUGGCGGUGGUGGUGUCGGUACUGCCGCGAGUCGUGCCGCAGCGGAGCUCGUCACGACCUACUCCUCGAGUGCGGCCCUGUGGCUGACGGUGUGCGAGCGGGUGCAGCUGAAGGUCCUGUCGGUGCUCCUGUACUGGCUGCAGCACCACCCACACCACUUCGAUGGCGAAAUGCUGCGCAGUGUGCUGCACUUCGUGGAGAGUUGCUGCUACGCCACCAGCGACUGGGCGGACUGCCCGUCGCGGCAGCCGCAGAUGGCAGAGUUUAUCCGUCAGGCCUGUCAUGCUGCGCUGCCGUUGUCACAGCGACGCUGCAGUGGGAGCACCUUCGCCGCGGCUCACUUCGCCGCCCUCCCACCCAUCUCGAAGGAAUGGGGGGAGGGCGUGCUGAGUGGAACGUGGGAGCUUCGACGGUAUCAAAUGCUAUCCGAGGCCAUCCCGCCGUCGCUGCGACACUCGGUGAGGGCGGAGCUGCUGCCCUGGACGUGGAUCACUCCGAUGGGCUCGCUGACGCCUAGGCAGUACCUCCCCUGCUUUGCGUUUCGCACGCUCCCCGCGGCGGAUGUGAUGUCGUACCCCAGGGAGAGACGGCCUACGCAGCACUACGAACAAGAACACCAUCGCGUCGCCGGAGCCACCACGCAAGCACCGGCGGACAUGAAAAGCGGCGGGUCCGACGUCACAAAGCUGCUCGCCGAUGCGCAGGAGGCGUUUCGCCUCUUUGGCAGCUGCACCUUCGAGACCUACGUGCGUGGCCUCACCGCGGCGCACUACCGCAUGUUCACUGCCUUUCCCUCGCAGGAUAUCUUCAUCGCGGCGCAGCACACCAGCUCGUCGUACCUGGCCUCGCCCGCCUUCCAGUCCUCCUUUCUCGGUCGCUUCUUGAACUCCUCCGCGAUUCUUACCUCAUGGUGCGUGUCGCUGCUGCUGCACGCCGCGUGCAUGGACGGUGCGCGGGCGGCCGCGGUGGCGGCGGUCACGAACCUUUCCAUUUUGAACUCCUUCGUCGGCGAUAUGACCGACUACCGUGCCCAGCCCGCGAGUGAAGGAGAGGGCGAGGACGAGAAGGCCGUUGGUGGCAGCGCUGCCCACUCUCGCUCCUCGUCCACGUCAGCUUCCAAGUCGUCCAUCUCCACCGCGUCGGCGGCCACGGUGUCCGUCGCGGGUGUCUCGCAGAACGGCACCGCUGGAGGAGGAGGAGGAGGUGGUGGCGGUGGUGGCGGCAACAAUGCGCCGGGCGGGAACGAUGGUGCCGGUGCCGCCGCCGCCGCCGUGGCCGCAGCUCGCCACAACGCCUUCCUGCACAACCCCGCCCGCCGCUUUCUCCACGUGCUCGACCGCCUUGUGGACCUCGUCGUCGGCUUCCUGCGGGUGAACAAUUUACACGCCUCCUACAGCGUCUUCCGCGGCUUCAAUCACCCUUUUGUGAAGAAGCUGCUGCAGCAUCGUCGCAUCAGCACGCACGUCCACGCGCAGACCGCGCACCGGCUUCGCAAACUGGAGGGCUUUUUCACCUCGAUUCCACCCACGUCAGGGGCCACAGCGACGGCGUCCGGUUCGGCAGACACCUCGCCGGGGCGUGCUGCGAGUGGUGGUGGAGGGACAGCCAGCGGCACAAAGCAAGCUUCCAGCUCCGCUGCAACGGCAGCGGGCGUUGGAGACCCGACGGUCGACGAUGACCUCGAUGCCCCGGGUGACGAAGGCAACACGGAGGCCGGAGCCGCCUCGCCAGCCGGCGAUGGCGCGCCGCAUCGCAACCGCAAGACGCACCACUCGUUCUUCGAGUAUCUGAACACCGUGCCGGACAGCGAGGAGUACCCGACGGUGCCAGUGGUGCAGUACUAUUUGCGUGAGCUGCAGAUGAUGUUUGCACUGGAGCCUACGUUUUUCACCGUGCCGAGUCAUCAGAUGCAAAGCCGUUUUGCGUCCGAUGAGGUGCGGCUGACGGGUGUGUUCACCAUGCCAGAUGCCGGCGUGGAGGACGAGCAGACGCCGCCUGUAGCGUCUCCGAUUGCCGUAGUGAACUGGCGCAAGAUGCACCUGGUGGAUGACUGGAUUCAACGCGUGAGCCGCAACCAGAUCUCCUGUCUGCAUUACAUAUCUUCUCGAUCGACGGUGAUGCGGAACAUAAUGCCGGACUUGGAAUUUGAGAAAGCCUUCGACGCGCAGCUGAGUCACGUGGUUGUGACUGACACGACCCUUCUCCAAGAGAUGGCAAACCAUCUGUACUGCGCCUUGUGA